UCUCGCUGCCCGGUGCCCGGUGCCCGGUGCGUGGGCUACAACAAGCCGGGCUCGGUGGCUGCAGGGUCCGUUCAGCGGGGAGCGGGGCCAGGCCAGGCCGGGCAGAGAGAGCUCCAACCCCGGUCCUCAGGGACCCUGCGCCCGCACCGUGCACGCACACUGCGGCGUCCGAGUCUACACACACACACACACACCGUGUCCGCUCCCUCUCCCUCUCCCUCUCCCUCUCCGCCCUGGGAACCCGCGCAGACCGCACCUUCCAGUAGAAGAAGCCGCCGCCGCCGACUCUCGGAGCCGGGACACCUCGGCAGGAGAUCCCACCCAGAUGUUGGGGAGACGACAGACACGGUGGUGAGGGCCUGUCCGCGGGCGCUCUUGCUUCAGGUGAAGAGGAGGCGGUGUGGGAGAUGGGCUGAAGGACAGACGGAGGGUCGGACGGAGGCCAGUGGAGGACGAUCCGCUCACCGGCCGGGAGGAUGGAUUGGAGGUUGAACAUAACGGGCAGGUUUGGGAGGGUCUCCUGGCUGAACUCCUCGCUGCUGAUGGAGAGCUUCCCCCUCUGCCCAGACUCUCUCAGUAGCACCACCUUCCUGCUCCUGGCCUACAGCGCCAUCAUGGCGGUGGGCGUGGUCGGCAACACCUGCCUGGUGCUGGUCAUUACUCGGCAGAAGGAGAUGCGUAACGUCACCAAUGUCCUCAUCGCCAACCUCUCCUGCUCGGACAUUCUCGUCUCUCUCAUCUGCCUGCCGGUUACUGUCAUCUACACUAUGAUGGACCGCUGGAUCUUGGGCUCGCUGCUCUGCAAGCUGACCCCGUUUGUGCAGUGUACCUCCAUCACCGUCUCUGUCCUCUCCCUGGUCCUCAUCGCCCUAGAGAGGCACCAACUCAUCAUCCACCCCACGGGCUGGAAGCCAGCGGUGGGACAUGCCUAUCUGGCGGUUGUCCUCAGCUGGCUGGUGGGCUGCUUCAUCUCGUUGCCCUUGGUGUCAUUCAACGUCUUGACCAGCGAGCCCUACACCAACAUCUCCUUCCUCCCGGACAGCGUGGCUGACCAGGUGGCUUGCGUGGAGCACUGGUCGUCUGAGGGGCAGAAACUAGCCUACACCACCAGCCUCCUUGUCUUCCAGUACGGCCUCCCGCUGCUCCUCAUGCUCACCUGCUACUUCCGCAUCUUCCUCAGGCUGCGGCGGCGCAAGGAGAUGGUGGACCGGCCACGGGGUGACCGUCACCACAAGGUCAGUCACAGCCGCAGGGUCAACAUCAUGCUGGCCUCCAUCGUGGUGGCCUUUGGCCUCUGCUGGAUGCCCCUCACCGUCUUUAACACCGUCUACGACUGGGACUACGAGGCCAUAUCCAUCUGCCACCACAACCUCAUCUUCUCCCUCUGCCACCUGACGGCCAUGUUGUCCACCUGCGUCAACCCCGUCAUCUACGGCUUCCUCAACGCCAACUUCCAGAAGGAGGUGAAGGCCAUGUUGUACCAGUGUCGUUGCAGUGGCCCCAGGGAGAGGUACGAGACCUUCCCCCUCUCCACCGUCAAUACUGAGCUCUCCAAAGCCUCCCUGCACCUGGGCUGCACCAACAACAAUGUCUGACCCUUCCCUGGGUCACUUGACCAUUGACCUCACCUCUCUCCUCCGUCCAUCUCAGGCCCAGAGGAUCCCUGCAUCAGGUCACUGGCCGCCACUUUAAACCAUGGUGGACCUCUUGGCAGAGGCCCAAUGGUCAGAUGAAUCAUCUACCCUGAACACCAUGAAACAGACGAAAGGCCGGAGGCAGAACAGCUGGAGAGGAGCAACAAGAGAGACUUCACCUCUGAUGUAGAUGUGACGGCACUUGUUGCAUUAACAAUUGUUGUCCAGGCCAGAGUGAGCUCAACAACCUGGUUUGUGUUCGAGACUUAUUGAGCCCCGGUCCCUGGCUGGCUGCUCCCCAAGAGUGGUCUACAAGUACCAGGUGGUCCCUGCUCAACCCAGGGAGUCAAGGACGUUGAUAGUGCCGACUUUUAUUGACAGCUUGCCCACUGUGAAGAUGGAGCCACAUCAAUGUUGCGGGCUGCAUGCUGCCUAUCACCUUGUGCAAUGUUUGUUCAGCCUGGUCGCUUGGCUUUGGGCCUCCCCGUGUGAAAGGAGAAAAAACAUCCUUCACUUUACAGAUCUGUGAGGCUCAGCUGUGCCUUGCGAAGGCAGGGCGUUUCCACAUUCUCAACAUUGAGAAAAGGCCUGGAGGCAAAGGCUCGGUAAAUCAGGCUGGGCCUAAUGGAAAGGCUCAGAAAAUCAGACUGGGCCUGACAGGAAGGCUAAGCAACUCAGGCUGGGCCUAACAGGAAUGCUCAAGUAACUCAGACUGGGCCUAAUGGAAAUGCUCAGUAAAUCAGACUGGGCUUGACAGGAAGGCUAAGCAACUCAGGCUGGGCCUAACAGGAAGGCUCAAGUAACUCCAGGUGGGCCAAAUGGAAAGGCUCAGUAGCUCAAGCUGGGCCUAACAGGAAGACCUCAGCUCAGGCCUAACAGAAAGGCUUGGCAACUCACUUCCUUUACGACAGAACCACUGGGGAAUUGGGUUAAACAAACAAUACCAUGAGCAGCCCGGACAUAAUCUCUUGCCUGGAGAAAAGUGCUGAGAGUUGGGAGAGCAGUUAAAUAAAAGCAUCCUGAAAAUGCAUGAGAACAUUUAAUGGACCCUCUGCGGUUUUUCCAAACUCAGGCCCCUCUACAGGGGGGCAAGAUGUGGUUCUGGGUCUCCCGCUGUGAGAGACUGCGGGUGCUGUGAGUUAGGGGGUGGGAGCUCGAAUCGUGAGGGCAAACUUAUCCUCAUUGGAGCUCACCGCUUCCCCUCAGUCAAUUGUCCUCAGUGUCUGAAUUGUAAAUAUUUUAAAUUGCCUUCUCUUCUAUCUACAGAAAAAAAACUGUUGUUUAAUUAAAUUUCUUGACUAUGACAGAUCAAUGUCUAUUAAAAUUUACCACACC